AUGGCGCUGUCAGGCUUCCUCUUCCUCUCGUUUCGCAUCGCGCAGAUACUCACCCUGAUCCCAAUUGUGGGUAUGCUGGCGUGGUUCGUCCACGGUUUUGUCGUCAACAACCAGCUCACGCCUACUUACAUCUUGCUGCUGUUCAUCACCUCGGUUCUGGCAGCAGCCUGGACUCUUGCAACCCUCGUGACCUAUCUACGUGCUCGUCACUCCGCCCUCUUUGUUGCAUUGGUCGACCUUGCCUUUGUGGGAACCCUGAUUGCUGCUGUCUACGAGUUGCGUGCAAUCACCAACCAAGACUGUUCCAAUUUCUCUACCGGAAGCAUCUACCUCAGUUUGGGACCCUUUGGCUACUACGGCCGUCAGAGCGGUAGUGACUGGUCGCUUCACAUCAACAAGACAUGUGCUAUGCUCAAGGCCUGUUUCGCCCUCGCCAUCAUGAACAUCAUAUUCUUCUUCACCACUUUCCUUCUUGCCCUGCUCGUCCACAGAAACCACCGUGACCGUGACACUGUCGUUGUCAAGAAGGAGUAUCACAGCACCCGUCACGGUCAGCGACGUUCCAGUCGUGGCAGCUACGACAGACGCAACUCCCCUCGCCGAUCCCACCACAGCAGCAGCAGACGCUACUACGUCUGA